AUCUAAAAAAUUGAUAUCUAAGCGCCAUUAUUUGAGAAGUUCUGUUUCAAAAAGGGUAUCUGCUGAUGAUGCGGAAAAUUUGAAAAAUUCAAGAACUGCUUCAAAAAGACUUAAAAAGUUAACUAAAGAUGAAGAUACCGAAGAAACUCCUCAACCGACUACAGAGGUUAAAUCUUCCGAAAUUAAUUUCCAUCCAUCAACUUAUACAACUCCUAAAAAUGCUCGUUUAAGCGGCUUUUUUAAGGCAUCCAAAUCAAGCUCUUCACCAAAAGUUUAUGAAAAAGCAAAAUCUCUUUUCCGUUUAUCUACUACCCCAUCAAAACUUGUGGGUCGCGAUAUAGAAAGAGAUACUAUCACUGAAUUUUUAGAUAUACAUAUCACUGAAAAUACUCCUGGUAAUCUUUUUAUUCACGGGAUACCCGGUACUGGAAAAACUGCUCUUGUCAACGAAAUUUAUAAUGAUAUGAAAGAUUCUAUCGAAACGAAGGCAAAAUGUCCUGUCAAGUUUGUCACAAUUAAUUGUAUGAGUCUUAAUGAUCCGAAGAAAAUUUACGUGUCAAUUUUAGACUUAUUGGGCAAAAAGGUCGCUAAUAAUAACGUAAAGAAAGCUGAAGAUGUUCUUAACAAUUUAUUUUUAAAAUCAAAAAAGAAUAUCAUGUACGUUGUUAUAUUGGAUGAAAUCGAUUAUCUCAUAACCAAUGAUCGAGAAAUAUUAUAUAAAUUAUUUGAUUGGACUUUCGUGCAUAAUUCACGAUUGAUUUUGAUUGGAAUAUCAAAUAUGUCGAAGCUUACGGAAUUACUUCCUAAUAUUGAGGAUAAAGAUCUUCAACCACAAAUUUUGAAUUUUGCUCCAUAUGACAAUUCCGAAAUUGCUGAUAUUAUUAAAGAUCGUCUUAAAGCUGCAACUUCUUCAGAAGAACAUUCAUCUUUAAUAGAUGAUAAUGCAAUUGAAUUAUGCGCAAAAAGAAUUGCUGCUAAUAACGGUGAUUGUAGAAAGGCGUUAGAUGUUCUUAGGAAAUCUUUUGAACUCGCUGAGAAUGAAGAUAUUGAUGAUUUAGACCUUCCAUAUACGAAAGACAUUGAUGAGAAAAUUUCUCUUGGUAAUUCAAGUUCACCAAAGGUUACUAUUACCCAUAUAAAUCAAAUUACAAAUUCUGAUAUUACCGGCACUUCCAUGAUAAGAACUCUUAAUGCUUUACCGUUUCUUCAACUACUUGUAAUCUGUACAUUGGUGAUUAUGAAGAAGAAAAAAAUUAAAAAGAUAACUUAUGGCGAGUUAUUUCCGGAAUAUCAGAGAUUCUGCCGGAAUAGAAAUCACAUGUUACCAGUAAAUUCGAGCGAAUUUGAAAUGCCAGUGCAAAGACUUGAAAGUGCUGGUUUAAUUAAAAUAACACGCUCUCGUAAUGGGUCUGCAAAUCGUGUAAUUCAGUUAUCACCUGAUGUAGAAAGAGAUAUAUGGAAUGUGGUGGAUAAAAAUAAUAUCCUAAAGCCAAUGAUGAAUGAUGCAUUAAAGUCUUUGUAA